GGCUCAUUGCGCUGAGGCGGUGUCGGCUGGCGGACGGGGAGUUGCGGCUGGCGGAGCAGUGGAAUGCGAGCGGGCGAGGCGAACUCGGGCCAGAGCAGAGAUUAGUUUGCAGCGGACACGCCACGCGAGUCGCGGAGAUGGAGAAGCGCUACUUCAGCAUAGCCGAGGUGCAGCAGCACGCCUCGGCCGAGUCCUGCUGGAUCAUCCACGAACGGCGGGUGUACGACGUGACCACCUUCAUCCCGCGGCACCCGGGCGGCCAGCAGCUGCUGGCUCAGCGGGCCGGCCAGGACGUGAGCCGGGACUUGGAGGGGCCGCCGCACCGCCACAGCACCAACGCUCGCCGCUGGCUGCAGCAGUACUACAUCGGGGAUCUGAGGCGGGAUGGCGAGGAGGAGGGAGAACUGGAGGAGUUCAGCCAGCAACGACAGGCUGUCAGAGAAAGAAGAAAAACCCAUCAAGCUUCAGAUAUCGUGAUGGAUGCAAGAUGCAAAUCGGUGGAUCCAGAUAACGAUUUAGUGGAUUGGAAUAAACCUUUGCUGUGGCAAGUUGGUCACUUGCGUGAGAAAUAUGAUGAAUGGGUGCAUCAGCCAAUAGAUCGGCCUAUACGCCUCUUCUAUUCGGACUUUGUAGAAGCUUGUUCAAAAACAGCCUGGUAUGUGGUGCCAUUAGUUUGGGUUCCCAUUGUGAUUAUCUUUAGCUGGUAUUGCUACAAUGAGCUGGCAGAGGGCAAGACUCGGCUUUUCACAUCUUUCACCACAGAAUAUUCCAUCCCUGUGCACAAGUACUGCUUCCCUCUAUUGUUCCUGAUUGGAAUGUUUCUGUGGUCCUUGGUUGAGUAUCUGAUCCAUCGGUAUGUUUUCCACAUGAAUCCACCAGCUAGCAAUUACUACCUCAUCACUCUUCACUUCAUGCUCCAUGGACAGCAUCACAAGUCUCCAUUCGAUGGUUCGCGAUUGGUCUUCCCUCCUGUUCCAGCAUCGCUUGUUGUAGGCUUAUUUUUUGCUGCUUUCCACCUGCUUGCUCCAGGAGCAGUCGGCAAUUCCAUCUUUAUUGGAGGUCUCGGUGGAUAUGUCGUUUAUGAUAUGAUACAUUAUUAUCUGCAUUAUGGAUGUCCAAAGAAGGGCAGCUACCUCUACGAACUUAAAGCAUACCAUGUAAAACAUCAUUUUGAACAUCAAAAAUUAGGAUUUGGAAUUACUAGUAGGAUGUGGGACUACCCAUUUAAAACUGUAAUUCCUGAAGAAAACUUUGAGAAGAGUCACUGAUAUCUACAAUGAAUCUUCAGAUCCACAUAAUUAAUGCCUCGUCAAUCAGCCAGCCUCUCGAGAAUCUCUAUCCAAUACGUUCCUACAAAUGGCCAGAACCUAGUCUUCAGCUGCAUGUAGGAUUCCUCUCUCAUCUGGAAAAGGCCACAAACUUCAAUGCUUACUGAUUUGUGCAAAUAUUAUGUCCCUUCUUUUCUUACAAAAGUGCCUGAUCUCAGAGAGCUGUAUUGCCUGUUGAUCAAUAUUUAUUAAUUAAUUGUUAAAUAUAUUUUUGGACAUUGAUGUCAAUAAAUCUUGUCAAGCAUUUGUGUAUUGUAGGAAGUAUUAACACUAAUGUUUAGGCUUUGAAUUUGUAGCAGUCUUGGGUUAGUAAACAUUUUGAAAAAGGGAAAAAUCUAUCUUCAAUUAAUUAACAUGUUUUACUUAAUGUUAAUUCCCAUGUUAGUGGAUUUGAGGAACAGUGAAACCCACAUUCCAAAGUUAUAACUGGUUUAAUUGCCUAAUUUCUGUAAAAAGUACCUAUGGUCUUCUCACUUGAAAGCCUGACUGGGUUUUCAGCUGUUAGUCUUUUGCCAGUAGUGUAGAUUACCCAUUUUUUUUCUCUUCUGUAAACUCAUUGCUGAAAGUUUUCUGGUAGUUUUCAUUCAAGUUACUGAACAGAUCCCUACAUCACCUGGAAGACAGUUGGCAAAUACUGUGCACUUAUUUCUCUUUAAAUAUCAGACCCUUGUGGCUCUCUGAAUAGCUGCUUUAUAUUCGCCAGUAUUUAAUAAAAGCUUAGGCUGUAAAGAACUUGCCCCAAGUCCACCUUUUUGCAUUGAAUUAGUUCUGUGUUUUCCCCUUUACAAGGGGAAUUGCCUUGUCUACAGGUAAGAGGUUUACUUUGCACUAACAUAAAAUGGAUGGGUUUACAUCAGUGGGUCUACAGGCAGCACAUACAAUUGGAAAUUCAACUGGAAGGUGCUGCAAUGCAAGUUGGUGGGAAGAUGUUUCAGUUAAGAAUCGGCUUAUAGGUGCGGAUGGCAUGAAGCAUGUUGCUAUAUUGCUUAAGAAGAUUUGGUAUUUUCAUGGUUUUGUUUAUAUAGCCCAAUCCCCAAAAAGUUCUUUACAAUUAAUUCCUGGUAUCACUAGGGUCUUGUAUGUUUUGGACUCUGAUAGUAUAGUAAAAAAAAAAGUAACCCUGGGUAGAUGAGUUCCAGUACUUACUGGGUAUGUACGCUGCCUUAACUAUGCAGAUGAAGAAAUUUAACUUUCUACUGUUUUAUUGCAAAAUAUUGACUCAUUGUGAAUGCUGAAAAGAAUCUAUAUAAGGUGAAAUGUAAUUGUAAAUAAAGGUCAGUAUAUUUUGAAAGUAGUCUUUUGUCCAAAUUCUCUUCCCAAGCUAUAUAUUUGUAAUUUCUCAUGUAUUCUCAUUUCUCAUGCAUUCAAAUCAGGUUGUAGAUCUUUCAUCAAGUUCUAGAAUCAAACAUCAUUACUGUUUCAAGCUUCCCUAACUGGUGCAUUGGCACAAUUGGUCAGUCAGUCACUAGAAUCACUGGGUGAUGCCUGUUGAUCAAAAUGCAGUAGGAGAUUUUAGUCCAGGGAUUUGAAUGUACAGCAUUAUUUUUAUACUCUGCUGAAUCCUCAGUUUAUCUUGCAUAUUUUUGUGCAGUGAUUUUUUUUUAAAGUUUAGAGGUUAAAUUCAUGUUAAUUCUUAGAAUCAGUGGUAUGAUUUUAAAGUGUUUUUUUUCCGAACUUGAACCAGACCCCAGAUAUAUCGGUUGAUAUCCUUUACAAAGGAGUCGUUAGUUUUGGUGGCCCAAUGUCUGUUAAUGGUUUUCUGGACUUGUAUGGUCUAGUCACCAGCAUAUGUCGCACCUAACUAUGAAACACUAAUUGAAGGAAAAAUUAAACUUGGCCAUUUAAACCAGACUCUGUUUUAUCUAUCUCC